AGCGUUGCCAAAUCAGUGCUAAUGACUGGGCCCUCAUGUUAGUUAUUGCACCUGCACUGCGUAACCUCAGGAAUUCAUACAGUAUGUUGAAGAACAUGCAGGAGUCUGAUAAAGAAUGGAAUAUCUCUUUUGCCGGCUGUGGAUUUCUGAUGGCUUACUACUGUGGAGUCUAUUGCUGUUUAUUCGAACAGGCCCAGUUUCUUCUUAAAGGGGUGACAAAGAUUUGUGGGGCUUCAUCUGGUGCUCUUAUGGGAGCAAUAAUAGCAUGCCAAAUGUCCCCAGGAAAUUCCAUUUUGAAGCCAAAUGCUGUGAAAAUUUGCUGGAAAUGUCCAGAGAGGCUCGGAAAGGCACUCUGGGUGCUGUGCAUCCCUCUUUCAACCUACUGAAGAUAGUACGAAACUUCUUGAGCCGAGACCUGCCUGAUGACGCACACCUACUCGCCAGCGGACGGCUGUAUGUGUCACUCACACGAGUGUCCGAUGGGAAAAAUGUGUUGGUGUCUGAGUUUGACAGCAAAGAAGAUCUCAUUCAGGCUCUGAUUUGUAGCUGCUUUUAUCCGCUGUAUUGUGGUGUGAUGCCUCCACGCUAUCAUGGAAUAAGGUAUGCAGACGGAGCAUUGAGUGAUAACAUGCCUUUCUCUAGUCUGAGAAACACAAUCACUAUCUCCCCUUUUUCCGGAGAGAGCGACAUCAGUCCUUACGGAAACGCUUUUUAUUUCCAUGAAAUAUACUACAAUAACGUCAGCAUUCAUAUCAACUUCAUUAAUGCACACCGAGUGGUCAUUGCAUUUUUCCCUCCAGAACCAGAGGUCUUGGCUGAGAUGUGUCAAAAUGGAUAUAAGGAUGCUUUCCUUUUUUUACAAGAAAAUAAACUCCUGAAGCUCAGAUCGCCGUUGCCAGAGUUAUGGGAUCAUAAUCCAACAUCUAAGAAAUAUAGUAGUAAAAACAAGCCAACAAUGACUGGGAAUUCUAAAAGUAUCCUUCCAGAAUCCAUCAAGAAAGUGUUUUGUAAGGCUAGCAUGAUGGAGAAGGAAGAAAUAAGAUAUCCUUUCUCAAUGAAACUGGUUUCUUGCCUAAUGUGGUGCAUUCUGCCAGUGGAGAUAGCAUACAUCAUGUUUCUAAGACUUGCUGAAUGGACACCAGAGAUGUGUAAGAUGACAAUGGGAAUGAUUGGACGAGUAUGGAAGGCGGCUUUCUCAAGAAGUUAUUUACGUACACAGAAAUGGCCAACUCUUCAUCAAGACCCUUCACCUUCAAACCGAACUCACUGACCAGCACCACCUCUUGGUCUUCAUCUUCUGAUACACUGCAUAAUUACUAUUGUUUACAAAUAUUAAAAAAUUCAAUACCCUUUUGAAUCAUUUUAAUGCAACCACACCACUUAAAUGGCUAUAAAUUAAAGAUAAUUUACAAUGUUGAUAUAGAAUUACACAUUCUCUAACAGUUUACAAGCUCUUUUCACUAAUAUAUUUUAUAAAACGGCUAGAUCCUGUCCUUGAUUCUGAUUGGUCAAUAGCUGUGUUUUAUUUACGAUAAAACACGGCUAUGACCACUUCACCCGACGGUUCUGUGUAUCACUACACAACACCCUUAGCAACCACUCUUAGCAACGUAAACUGUUUGUUCUCAGUUGAUAUUGUUCAUUGAAGCUUACUGUAUUAUGUAGAAGAGUACUGUGAGAAAGAGAUCGAGUGAGUGAGUUUAUUACCUGCAUUCAGAUUUAGCAUUUUCCUUCAGGUCAGUCCUAUGUUCAUAAUAAAAAAUCUGUUUAAAUGUCCAA